AUGUCUGUACAACCUCAAAUACGGGCGGGGCCUAUUACCGAUGUUACCGCAUCAGCAACCUUUCAAACUCUACGGUUCAUUGGUAAGCGGCAGUUGCUACCGAUCAUGGAGCUGCAGCGCAGUUUGUUACUUAUUGAUGCUGCUGUAUCUCUCUUUAUUGGUUUCCUAUUAUUUUUUACACCUUCUCUCAUCGGUUAUUUUAUUUUUGUACAAGAAACAGAUGGCGUCCAUUGGCAUUUGCUUAGAUGUAUCGGUUGUCAACAUAUUGGUGCUGGUUUUCUAAUAUACAAAUUGAGAAAUUCUUCAGUGGAUGUACUAUCUGCUUGUCAUAUUGUUCGAAUUUUGGAAUUAAUAUCAGUACUUCUAGUCCUGGUACAUUGUUCAGCAGAAACACCAAAUUUAAUUCAUCCUAAUUAUCUGAAAAUCGCCAAAUAUUGGUGCUACUGUUGGUUAGCAAUGAAUUUUUGCCUACAAACAGCUCAUCGAUGGUCACUCGGAGAAACGGUCAUUACGAAUGUUAUGGAAAAUAUUCUUUUCCAGAUGGAUAGUCUUGUAUGUGUAAUUAUUGGUGUUGCAUGGCUUGCAUUUCCGGAAUGGUUAUUACACCGUCAGGUUCGUAUACAUUUGGGUGUAUCACAUGAAUUUUGUGCUAGACUUAUGGGUACUGACUUUUUGACCUCUUCUGUGAUCAGUAGCCAUGCUUUACAUUGGAAAAAGCCGACAGAUCGUUUAAUUGCUAUCGAUUGUCGAUCUUUGAUUUGUACAUUAACUUUGGCUGCACAAGUAUGGUCUCAGUAUGCUUAUUCGGAUCAUUGGAAUGUAAGUCAUUGGGUUGGCAUAUCAUUGAUCUCAUCUUGGACAAUUACUGCCCUGUUAUUAAGAUAUCAUUCAGCAGCGCAAAUAAAACAAACAGAAGAAAAAAUGAAACAGCAUUGA